AUGGACUCACUUGCUUCCAACGCAUCCUCUUCCAGCCACACCCGCCCUCAACCUCAACGCCCCCGUUUCUACCCAACGCAACCUCUAGCCGAACGCGUAAUCCGUGCACUCCGCCACGGCCUCCGUCUCCUCCACCGCUCCGCUGCCACCUUUUACAUCCUUGGAGCCACUGCAAAUGUGUACACGGUCACUUUAUCGUCUACCCCUGCAUGUUCCUGCCCUGACCGUACCACUCCAUGCAAACACAUACUCUUCGUGUACAUUCAAGUACUCAACAUCUCCCUCGACGACGCAUGUCUCUGGAGAAGAACUCUGCGUCCCUGUCAGCUACACCGCCUACUCUCUGCCCCCAUGUCGAGCCAAGCCAUGGCCGGAGCUAGCAUUCGUGAGCGAUUUCAUCAGCUGUUUUUCCAAGAAAGACAAUGUAGUAGCAGUAAUAGUCAUACUAACCAACAAUCUUUUAAAAUCGAAGAGGGGACGUUAUGUCCGGUUUGUUUGGAGGAAAUGACACUGCAAGAGAAGUUGAUAGCAUGCGCCACAUGUAAUAAUUUGAUACAUGAUGAAUGUAUGACAGCAUGGAAGAAAAGUAGCCGGAGAAGGUCGAUUAGCUGUGUGAUUUGUAGGGCAAGGUGGAAAUCAGCCGCUAGGCAGAGGGAAGAUCAGAUCAAAUAUUUGAAUUUAUCAGCUUAUGUUAAUAAGCAGGAUGACAUGGUACAAGCUGAAUGAAUUUCUAGGAGUUACUAGUUAGGACUCUAUCUCAAUCUCAAUCUCUUAUAAUUGGCGUCCAAUUUAUACACCUGUAUAUACAUUCAAUAAGGAAAAAAAACAGA